AUGAAACCCAGAAACGGCGACGGAAUUGGGGUUCUAAUGUUCCCAUGGCUAGCUCACGGACACAUCUAUCCAUUCCUCGAAUUAGCCAAGAAGCUAGUCUCCCGGCAGCAACAACCAAGCUUCCACGUCUAUCUCUGCUCAUCUCCGGUCAAUCUGGCCUCUAUCUCAGAUAUCCAGCUAAAAUACCCUGCCAUCGAACUUGUAGAGCUCCAUCUCCCAUCCUUACCAGACCUUCCUCCUAACCGUCACACCACCAAGGGCCUCCAGACCAACCUCCUAACAACUCUCUACAAAGCUCUGGACAUGGCCAGCUCCGAGUUCGCGGAUAUCCUGGCCAGAUUGUCGCCGGACUUGCUCAUCACCGACUUCUUCCAGCCCUGGGCUCCAGAACUCGCCCUCUCGACCCUCAAAAUCCCCACCGUUCUGUUCAUGACCAACGCUGCCUUCUCCACUGCUCUUCCCUUCACAGCCAUGAAAAAUUCCGGCAGAUUCGACGGGGUUUUCCCUCUCCCGUCCAAUUACAUGUUCGAUUACGAUACCCACGAGACGCCGAGCUUCAAGGACCGCGUUUUCUGGUCCCUGGAGCGGUCCUCUGGGAUGCUACUGGUCAAGAGUUUCAGAGAGAUCGAAGCAGAGCACAUUGACCGGGUUUCGGAGUUCAUCGGAAAGGACGUCGUCCCCGUCGGCCCCCUCGUGCCGGAUGAUUCCGACGACGACGACGAUCGUGAAGAAUCAGUUGAUAAAGUGAUGAAAUGGUUGAACGAAAAAGACCCCUCAACAGCCGUGGUGUACAUUUCAUUCGGGAGCGAGUCGUAUCUAUCGGGAGCGGAAAGGGAAGAACUAGGGCAGGCGCUGCUGAUUCUGGCGACGAAAGGGCUGAAUUUCAUAUGGGUUCUCAGGUUUCCGGAAGGGGAAGAGAUGGGUCCGGCAGAUGCGCUGCCGGAAGGGUUCCUGGAGGCGGUGGGGGAGAGGGGAUACGUGGCGGUGGGUUGGGCUCCGCAGCGGAGGAUAUUGAGGCACCGGAGCGUGGCCGGGUUCGUCAGCCACUGCGGGUGGAGCUCGGUAACGGAAGGGAUGAAGUACGGAGUGCCGAUCGUGGCGAUGCCGCUGCAGAAUGACCAGGGGACGAAUGCGAGGUUGGUUGAGGAAGUUGGGGUCGGGAUGAAGGUUGAUCGGAUUGACAGGGGAGAGGUGGCGAGGGUGAUUGAACAGGUUGUGACUGGGGAAAGUGGUAACGGGAUUAGGGUUAAGGCAAGGCAGAUUAGGGAUUGUUUGGUGGAGAACGGGGAUAGAGAGAUUGAUGAAGCAAUCGAUCGGUUGGUUCAUUUUUGCAAUACUUUCUCAGUUUGA